GCGGGCGGCCGAGCCGGCGAGGGGCCCGCGCGCGGCGGCCGAGCAUGGAGCUGAGCCUGGAGAGCCUGGGGGGUCUGCACGGCGUGGCCCACGCGCAGGCGGGCGAGCUGCUGAGCCCGGGCCACGCGCGCUCGGCGGCGGCGCAGCACCGCGGCCUGGUGGCGCCCGGGCGCCCGGGCCUGGUGGCCGGCAUGGCGAGCCUGCUGGACGGCGGCGGCGGCGGUGGGGGCGCCGGGGGCGCGGGCGGCGCAGGCGGCGCGGGCGGCGGCACCGACUUCCGCGGGGAGCUGGCGGGCCCGCUGCACCCGGCCAUGGGCAUGGCCUGCGAGGCUCCUGGCCUGGGCGGCACCUACACGACGCUCACGCCCCUGCAGCACCUGCCGCCCCUCGCGGCCGUGGCCGACAAGUUCCACCAGCACGCGGCGGCUGCGGCCGUGGCCGGGGCGCACAGCGGCCACCCCCACGCGCACCCGCACCCGGCGGCCGCGCCGCCCCCGCCGCCCCCUCCGCAGCGCCUGGCGGCCAGCGUGAGCGGCAGCUUCACCCUCAUGCGCGACGAGCGCGCAGCGCUCGCCUCCGUGGGCCACCUCUACGGGCCCUACGGCAAGGAGCUGCCCGCCAUGGGAUCGCCGCUGUCGCCGCUGCCCAACGCGCUGCCGCCCGCGCUGCACGGCGCCCCGCAGCCCCCGCCGCCGCCGCCGCCCCCGCCGCUGGCCGCCUACGGCACACCGAGUCACCUGGCCGGGGACAAGCUGCUGCCGCCCGCAGCCUUCGAGCCGCACGCCGCGCUGCUGGGGCGCGCCGAGGACGCGCUGGCCCGCGGGCUGCCCGGAGGCGGCGGCGGCGGCGGCGCGGGCGGCGGGGGCACCGCGGGGCUGCUGGCGCCGCUGGGCGGGCUGGCGGCGGCCGGGACGCACGGGCCACACGCGGGCGGCGGCGGCGGCCCGGGCGCAGGCGGCGGCGGCCCCGGGGCGGGCGCGGCGGCGGAGGAGAUCAACACGAAGGAGGUGGCGCAGCGCAUCACGGCGGAGCUGAAGCGUUACAGCAUCCCGCAGGCGAUCUUCGCGCAGCGCAUCCUGUGCCGCUCUCAGGGCACGCUCUCCGACCUGCUGCGCAACCCGAAGCCGUGGAGCAAGCUCAAGUCGGGCCGCGAGACCUUCCGCAGGAUGUGGAAGUGGCUGCAGGAGCCCGAGUUCCAGCGCAUGUCGGCGCUGCGCCUCGCAGCCUGCAAGCGGAAGGAGCAGGAGCAGCAGAAGGAGCGCGCGCUGCAGCCGAAGAAGCAGCGCCUGGUGUUCACCGACCUGCAGCGGCGCACGCUGAUCGCCAUCUUCAAGGAGAACAAGCGGCCGUCGAAGGAGAUGCAGGUCACCAUCUCGCAGCAGCUCGGCCUGGAGCUCAACACCGUCAGCAACUUCUUCAUGAACGCGCGGCGCCGCUGCAUGAACCGCUGGGCCGAGGAGCCCGGGGCGGCCCCCGGAGGCCCCGCCGGCGCCACCGCCGCCUUCUCCAAGGCCUGAGGCGCCCGGGCCCGCGCCCUCCCUGCCUCCACGGCCUGGGCGCUGCCCUCCCUCCCACGUCUCCCACCCCACCCUGCCGGCCCGGAGGCCCGCCCCAGGGGGCGCCUGGAGGGGGUGCAGUCCGGGCCCCCUACACCCAGGGCGGGGACGCAGCACACCCCCCUGCCCAAGUGCACAAAAAGGGUCCCCUCCUUCCUCCACCCCAACCCCCUCCAGGCCACAGGAAGCCCUCCACCCUCCCCAGCUGGGGGGGGUCACAGACAGGGGCUCCCCAGCUCCCUCUCAAUUCAGGACGCCCAGGGGGCCUCGAGGAAAUCCAGGGCUCACCGUGUCGUCCCCGAAAGCGGGUCAAGAAGCACAUACUAGAAAAAUAAUCCGGGUAUUAAAAAAAAAAGGAAUUUUAAGAAUAACCCCUUCUUUGCCAGCCCCCGUGGAGGGAGCCUUCCUCCCCGUCGGUCCUCCCAGGGACCCUUCCCCGAGAACUCAGCCCCUUCCAAAGUCGCCAAAGCCCACGUCGAGCUGGAUCCUCCCAGUGUCCCCACCCACACCGACACCAACCAGGAACCCCCGGCAGAACUGCCCCCACAGCCAAGAACCCAGCUGCCCCUCCGGCGGCCAGGAUUCCUUGUGCCAAGAAUUGCCUGCCUUAACGUCUGGGGAGGGGGCCUGCAGCGCGACCGCCCAGCACCCACAGGCGAGCACCCUCUCCCACCCCGUCCCGGACCGACCGGAGGGGGCGGCUCAAACAUGCGGGUAAAUUCCAGACGCCUCCCCUCCCCCAGCACACCUCUUGUCAGUUUUCUUCACCUUUAGGCACCUUGAUGAACACGCAGGGAGAGACAGACCCCAGGAAACAGAAGAAAAGAUCCCGAUUCCACGGAGGCGCUACCCCGGAGUCCCCGUGUGCUGGGGUCACGGUGUGGCUUUCUGCUUGGAACCCUCUGGAACUCACCCACCACCUCCCAUCGCUCAGGGGGUGCCGCACUGGGCCUGAAGGGGUGACAGGCUUGCCCCUCUCUCUCCAUAGAGAGAAGAAGAUGCUGGAGAAGGUGGAAUCUGCUUGCUCCGUUUUUUUUUGCCAAAAAAAUUGACCGGGGAAAGAAAGGGUCAGAAAUGAAGAUGAGCACCUCCCGGCCCCACCUCCCCUGCUCGUCUCAUCUCGUCCCGCCGGGUGCCCUCCAAGACUGGCCGGCAGCUGGAUCCCAAGAGCCCGCCUCCCCGGGAUUCAAGACCUGGAGACUAGAAGGAACUUUUCCCCCCACCCCAAAACCUCCCAUCCCUUCCACUGCCUCCCAGGGAGGUGGCGCCCCCCCCUUGAGAAUGCAAAAGACGUUUCUAGGGAAAUGCCCCUCCCCCUCCCCCAGGUAAAGGCUACCUCACUGAAGCGUUCGUGUCUGUGAUUGGAAAAAUCACACUUGAUACCAAAGAUUUCCCCAAGGACUUGUGCUGGAGGUUCCAGUUCCCUUGCCUCGGGCCGGGGUGGUGCAAAGGCCGGCUUCCGGCCCUGCCCUCCAGGUCUGAGUCCCUGUGCAACCGUCCCCCACCAGAGAGAGAAUGAGAGAGAGAGAGAGAGAGGAGAGAGGGAAAGAGAUUAGUGAGGUCGAUGAGUGCCUUUUUCUUGAACCAAAGAUGUGUAUGGAAUGUUCUCGUGUUCUUAUCGACUUGCUAUUCUCCCGGCUUUUUAAGCAACCGGAUUUGAGUGAUGCUUCUAGAAUCUUUGGAUGUUGGGGCCGAAUCCUAAGAGUCCCCAUUCCCGCCCAGCAACCAACCCUUCCCCGCCAAACUCACACAUACACACGCAUGUGUGCACACACAUGCGCACGCACGCACACCGGCUGCCGUCCUUUCUGUGGUGCCCCCGGGCGCUGGGAGCUGGGGUCUGGGGAGGUGGCCCCUUCCUUCGGCCUCCCGCUGGCCAGAGCACCUGCUUGCAGGGGACCAGGCUUCUCCAACUGGGUGGGUCACUUGCCGUUUCCAGCAUUCAAGCCCCAGGGGACAGAAAGCAAGGCCUCCGGUUCAUCCCCUGUUGGAAAGUCAGAAAUUAGCUUGGGAUCCUUCUGGUUGUAGAACAUUCUAGUUAUGGUGAACUGUGGUCAGAUUGGGUCAAGCCCCGUGGACACAGGUCACAGAAGAGUCCCCAGAUUCCUGGGUCCCUUUCACACACAUUUCAUUUCAUGUGCACACAUACUCACACACACCAGCUCCCCCCCCCCGGGGGGCCCUCCCCCGACCCCUGCCCCCCUGCCCCGCCCCACCAGUCCCCAACAUGCAGCCCGUCGCCACACACCAAAGACCCUUCUCCACGCGGGGAAUGACGCCUCCAGCACAGCUCCUUUGAGCCUUUGACAAUUUUCUCUGAAA